AUGACGACAUGGACGGAUGCAAACUUAGAUCGUCGUUUCUAUGGAUGUGGGAUGUAUAAGGUUCAAGGGUACAAAAAAUGCACUCACUUUGCUUGGUUGGAUGAGGAAAUGAAUCCUAGGACAAAAGAGUUAAUUUCUGCACUAUUAAAGAAGUUGAAUAAGGAGAAGGAAAUGAUUAGCACCCAUAAAACCAAGGAUGAAUUGAAGAUUAAGGUGAAGAUCUUGAAGAAGCAUUUGGAUAUUAACUGGAUUUUGUUAUUUGUAAUCUUCUUUACAUUUGUUGGAACAACAAUGAUGAAAUAG